ACGCGCGCAAGCGGCGCAUUCUUGUGCUCACGUAGCAUUCGCGGACAAAGCAGCUAACGUCGUUCCGCGCGCGCGGCCGUCGCCGCGGACCCGCUUCGGUCGGAGUCCAGGACAAAGUCCGAAAACCUCUUUGAGAAACGGGAGGAUGGACGGCAUCUCGCGAGGCGACGCACGAAGCCCGUUGACAUGGACGACAUCCACGUUGUUGAAUCCAAACCUCUGCUGGUCGACAGGGAACUGCCCGGCCUGAGGGAGGCGGUGCAGCAGCUCGCUAUCAAGGAGCAUGACGUGGAGACCCCCUACGGAAGACUCCACUGCACCAUGCGGGGGGUCCCCAAAGGGGAGCGGCCCGCCAUCCUCACCUUCCACGACAUCGGACUGAACCACAAAACGUGCUGGGAUUCGCUGUUCAGCCACGAGGACAUGGCGGAGAUCCUCAACCACUUCGCCGUGUGCCACGUGGACGCCCUCGGGCAACACGAGGGCGCCAACACUUUUUCCACCGGCUACGAGUACCCGACCAUGGACGAACUCUCCGAGACGCUCCCGCUGGUGCUGAAGCAUUUCGGGUUAAAGUCUGUUAUUGGAUUAGGGAUGGGAGCCGGAGCCUACAUGCUGACCAAAUUCGCCCUUGAUUACCCGAAAAUGACGGAAGGCCUGGUGCUGAUCAACAUCAACCCGUGUGCCGAAGGCUGGAUGGACUGGGCUGCGCACAAGAUCAGCGGCUGGACCCACGCCUUGCCCGACAUGGUCAUCAGCCACCUCUUCGGAAAGGAGGAGAUCCAGCACAACCAGGACUUGGUGGCCACGUACCGCCACCACAUCAUCAAGGACAUGAACCAGUUCAACCUGCAGCUCUUCAUCAAGGCCUACGAAAGUCGGCGGGACCUGGAGAUCGAGAGGCCCGUCCCGGGAAGCAACGUCAGAACCGUCAAGUGUCCUUCCCUCCUGGUGGUAGGGGACAACUCGCCUGCCGUGGACGCCGUUGUGGAGUGCAACACCAAACUGGACCCCACGAAAGCGACCCUGCUUAAGAUGGCCGACUGUGGGGGGAUGCCCCAGGUUGACCAGCCGGGAAAGCUGACAGAGGCGUUCAAGUACUUCAUCCAGGGCAUGGGAUACAUGCCGUCGGCCAGCAUGACCCGCCUGCUGCGCUCGCGCACGGCGUCGGGCUCCAGCGUGACGUCCUUCGAGGGUUCGCGCUCGCGCUCGCACACCCACGAGGGCAACCGCUCGCGCUCCCACACCAACGAGGGCAACCGCUCGCGCUCCCACACGGCCGAGCACCAGCGGGGCCACCCCCCGGCCCCCGACGCCGCCCCCGCCCCCGCCGUGGACCAGGGCAUGCUCAAGGCCCCCGAAGUGUCUUGUUAAAUCGGUAAAAACAAACAAACAAACAAACAACAAAAACAUCUCAUUUAAUCCCAUUUCUUUGUUUGCUGCACCACUGUCAAUAUUUUUUUUGUUUUUUUUUUUAAAUCUGGAUUAGUUGGAACUGGUGAUGGUGUAGUGUGUAGGGGCAUCGCUAGGGGGUGAUAGAGAGCACGGAGGAAGCUUCUGCAUCAUUUUUUUCUCUUUCCUCCUUAACCAAACACACAACUUUCUCACACAUUUCGGUGAAUUUUAGGCGUUUUUCACGCGGUGGUGGGGCAGUGUAACGUUUGCCCCAUGUGAAAAAUUUCCAUUGCUGGGAAAAAUUUGUGUUGGGUUGGAUUUAAAAAAAUAAAAAUGGAUCUGGUGGGGCAAUUCAAAAUUUUCCCCCACGUGCGAACAGCUUCGGCAAUAUUUUUUUCACCACAGCGCCAUCUUCUGAGUCUAGCGGGGCACCGCCCCUGCUGCCCCUGUCGACCACCAUUUUUCUUUUUCUUUUUUGGUGCAAAUCCAUUUCAAAUUAGAAUUAGGAGAGAAUUAUUAAAUUGGUGCAGUCUGGUGAUGUAAUUUGUGGAUGCGUCGUUAGGGGGCGACAGAGAGCGUGGAAGAAGCUUCUGCAUCAUUUUUUCUGUUUUUCCUCUAUUUUUAUUAGAUUUUUUUUUUUUUUAACCAAACAGACAAGUUUCUCACACAUUACGGUGACUUUUGUGCAUUUUUCACGCGGUGGUGGGGCAGUGUAACAUUUGCCCCAUGUGAAAAAUUUCCAUUGUUGGGAAAAAUUUGCGUUGGAUGUUUUAAAAAAAAAUUGAUCUGAUGGGGCAAUGCAAGAGUUGCCCCUCGUGUGAACAGCUUCGGCUAUAUUUUUUUUCACCACAGCGCCAUCAUCUGAGUCUAGCGGGGCACUGCCCCUGUGGACCACCAUUUUUCUUUUUCUUUUUGUGCAAAUCCAUUUCAAAUUAGAAUUAGGAGAGAAUUAUUGAAUUGGUGCAGAAUCUGGUGAUGUAAUUUGUCGACGCGUCGUUAGGGGGCGACAGAGAGCGUGGAGGAAGUCUGUACUUCAUUAUUUGUCUUUUUUGUUUUGUUUUUAUUUACCAUACUGACUGCUUUCUCACAUUAUUGCUGAUUUUUUUUUUUUUUUUUGCAUUUCUUGUACUUUCCUUCCGCCUGUAAAAAAAUAGAAGGAAAAA